ACACCAAACAAACUGAAUUGACGCUAGCUUAUUGAUCACAACUCUCUUAGUUGAGCCAGUCCCGGAGUAAUUCCUUGGGGUGUUUCCUUCUCAUUUUCAUUCAAGCUAUUUCCGGAAGCUUAAUUUUAUUUGUUCGUCUUAUUUGGUAAAAAAUGAAGGCUCCACAUCUUUUGAUUGCAUGUCUAAGCUUGGCUUUGGUUACUAUGACGAUGUUGAGCCAUGCUUCUUCAACGAGUUCCAAAGACGGCUCCAACAGAAACGAUGAUCAAGAAACCAGCGAAAACCCUUGCAAAGAAGUGUGGGAAAAUACUACUGUGUCUAYCCCCGAAGGGCUGGUAUUUUGCAUGGUCCCAUCAGAAGAGGAACUCACUGAGCAGCUCAAGAGUAUUGGCGGAUACAACAGGCAUUAUGUGGCAGUUUCUUCAGAAGAAGCAAUAAACUUUGAGCCAAUUCUUCCUGGAUGGGAUGGAGCAGAAACCACAAAGCCGACAUCAUCAUCGCGUAGAUGCAGGCGCUACAGACACCCAAGUUUUAGAAAACGACGCCGGAACAURAAAAGAAGCGAUGGAUUAGAACAACUUGGUUGGGAGGACGAAAAAGAUGAUUCUGAAUUAGAGAAAGAACAAACAAAAAGAAGCGAUAAAAGCGCAUACAGAGGAAUGGCGUCAAAGGAGCAAGCGAAAGRCCUGCAAAGAAGCAAGCGAUUCCUCGAAGUUGGAAUAAGAGAAUCGAUCAAAGUUGGUUGCGUAACCAAAGGCGAAGCAAUCAAUAGCCUGAAGCAGAUGUGUGACAGAUGUCAGAGAAGAACAGAGCUUACUGCAGACCGCUUCCCUAGGUACAUCAAUGAGGUGACGUGUGAAUCUUCAAGUGGAAGCCCCAGCGAUGGAACAAGUUAUUGUCAACCGCAAGUCGGAGUAUGCGCGCAAGGGUAUCUACUGAUUGACUUGUUGAAGAGGACAGACCAAUACACCAACGUCUCGCCUCCUUCUGGGAUGUACUUCAAAGCCUUCAAGCAGAUAUGGGUCCCUUACGUCCAUAAAAUAAGAAGCUGUUGCGAAUGUCGCUCUAUGUAUUAGACAUCUAGGUAUUCUUCGCGGAACUUCAGUGAUGAACCUGACAUAUGCUGAUAGAAAUUUCCCUCUGUUUGUCAAUAAAUUUCUGAUGACUAAAACAAAUAUGCAAAGGAAUUAUAGUCUGAAACUAGGACACCAUCAUAUGAUUUAUAUAUUCCCUUUUUCUCCAAACAUGCAUACUUCACCAUGCACUACUCUUUUUGACUGUCAUAUACCCUCUUUUCCCCUGAUCCACGUAGGAUUGUACUGUCAUAGUCUAAUCUAUGUCAUAUACUCUCUAGUGUGUUUGUUAGCCCAUAAUACUGCGUAAACAAGACUGCGCGAGGCAGUAUACAACUGUAUGCUYGGCGCGCACCCGUAUUUAUUACUGCCUUUAUUAGAGUACUUAGAUUUUCAAAAUUCGUUCAUAAUACGUUGUUAUUUAUUGCUGGUAUUACGCAUCCAUGCAUUAGGUUUGCUCCUGUAUCACCAAUCAUUUGAUYAGUAAUAAAGUAAUAAAGUAUUUCUU